GCGACCCGCGAGCUUCAAGACUAGCCAACCGAACCAACCGCCACCGAGACGGGCGACCCGAGCCAGUUCCAUUUCCUUCCAGGCCCAGCGGGUACAGAGCAGAGCAGCCGGCAUCCGCCGCCAUGGCCGACGUCGAGAAGGGCGCCCCCGUGCCCGCCGCCACCCCGGUCGAGGGCGGCGAGGCCGCGGACGGCGGGAGGAGCGCCGGCGUGGUGGGCGCCGCGCUGCGGCGGUGGCGGGCGCAGGACCUCCUGGAGCGGUCGGGGUCCGCGCUGCGCGCCGGGGCGUGGGCGCUCUCCCUGCUGGCGUUCCUCGUCAUGGCCUGCAACGAGCACGGCGACUGGAAGCAGUUCGACCGCUACGAGGAGUACAGGUACAUCGUGGCCGUCGGGCUGCUGGCCUUCGUUUACACGACGCUGCAGCUGCUCCGGCACGCCGUCCGCCUCACCGGCGGCCAGGACCUGCAGCCCAAGUCCGGCCUCCUCGUCGACUUCGCCGGGGACCAGGUUACAGCCUACCUGAUGAUGUCGGCGCUUUCGGCCGCGAUCCCGAUCACCAACCGCAUGCGCGAGGGCGCGGACAACGUGUUCACCGACUCGUCGGCGGCGUCCAUCAGCAUGGCCUUCUUCGCCUUCGUCUGCCUCGCGGUCUCCGCCAUCAUCUCCGGCUUCAAGCUUGCCAAGCAGACAUACAUCUGAGGCUCAUCGCACGGACACUCUGCAUAUACACUUCAUUCGUGGGUUUGUUAAUUUGGCCAAUCGUGUACAGUAGUCUGAAUUGCGUGUGUCAUUGCCACUGGCUGUAUAUAGCCGAUUAUUUCUAUAACCACCUGAUUGUGUAGUAUAAACUAGAUAGGUUUGGUUCCAUUGUGACUUGAGGCCUGGUUUGGAAUGGAAGAGAUUUUUAAAGCAAUUCUAAAGGAAUCAGAUUCGUAAAGUUUUAGCUA